UAUUCACGCAAAAGUACUAACAAAAAUUUACAAUCACGUAAAUUCAUAAAUCAUCCUUCAAGGUUUAUUACAUUAUUUACUAAAAAGUAAAUACACUUGGAGACGGUGUUACAGUGCCAAACAGUGUCACAACUAUGUACUCUACAGUAAAGUCAAAUUUAUUUCCUUAAUUUGUGUGAAGUCAAACACUGAACUUUAUUUAGGACCGGAGGGGGUAAUAUAAUUAGGAUUAGAAUCUACUAGAGGAAGAACCAUCCUUUCCCUACUGCUAACUGCUAAGAUGAACAAAAGUUCAUCGUAUGCGUAGCGAAAACAAUUGUUUGAAAGACAUCUUUGGAAUUGUUUACACCCGUGGAGGCUGUCACUAAAGUCUAGUUGCUUGGAUUUCUUUUAGUUGCACCAGUCUUCACGAAAUUCUUCUUCGAGGACUCAUCGCAAGUGUCAAUUUUCCGCACUACCUCCAUGGCACAGAUUGUUGCAGUGAAGGAUCUGAUGUUUAGAUCGGUGGAGAGCAGGACCAAGCCGCCGUCUUUGAUUUUGACCGGAGUGAGUAUGAUGGGUAUGCCUUUCUGGACUUCGCCGGCCUCUUGAAUAAUGUCAUACGGGCAAACAGUGUGUUGUGUUUGAUGUUGGAAACGGCUUCCAUUUUAACGAAGUGCUUUUGUGAGUCACAAACAUAGGGUGAGUACAAAAUGAGGUACAAAAUGAGUAGCUUUAACAUUUAUGUAGAUUUAAUUGCAAAAAUAUCUGACUGUACCAAUCACACGUUACAACCGGUUGAAUGGUGUAAUUUAUCCUAAAAAUGCGAGACGCUUUAUCAAACCAAAUUUCCUACGUGUCCUAAGUGAGGACAAUAGUUCAUGUGUGAAUGAGUCUGUCUAGUUUUGGACUUGGGUUGGUCAGUUAUAUUAUACUUUUACGUACAGUGAAGUUUUUUUUGAUUCAUCAAAGAAAGGCAUUUAUUUACACGACCCAUUAUGCCAUUACUUCUCCGGCCCAACCCAUCAUCAAUGAUUCAAUGCAGCAACCACAUAUCUACACGGACUACACCCUUGCAAAAGGAAGUCCUCUAAACUAAGUAGCAGAAUCCAAGACAGUUCAUGAAAAAAAUGGCUACAAUCUGGAUCAUCUCCGUUUUUCUACUUCAUGGCAUUGCCAUUAUUGAGGCUGCAAUGACUGUUGGUGCUGGCGGUGGGGCUGGAGUUGGAUUCGGAAUAGGCGGCGGCGGUGGCGGUGUUUGGGUUGGUGGCGGGAUCAACAGCCCAGGUCCUCCAACAGGAUCUUCAGGGCUGCAGAGUGCUUACACAGCACUCCAAGCAUGGAAAUCUGCCAUUUCUGAGGACCCAUUAGGGAUUAUUACGAGUUCUUGGGUUGGCGCAAAUGUAUGUUCAUACAAAGGGGUUUUCUGCUCAGAUUCUGAAGAAGACUCCAUGGGCAGCUACCCAAAGCAAGUUGUUGCAGGUAUAGAUCUCAACCAUGCCAACCUCAAGGGAUUUCUUGUAAAAGAGCUGUCUAUGCUAACAGACCUCUCCCUCCUCCACCUCAACACCAACAGAUUCUCAGGCACAAUCCCAGAAACCUUCAGAAAUCUUGCUUCGUUGACCGAGCUUGACCUGAGCAACAACCAGUUCUCAGGCCCAUUUCCCUCCAGUGUCCUCCUCAUCCCAAACCUCAUCUAUUUAGACCUCAGGUUCAAUUCUUUCUCCGGACCCAUUCCUGAGGACGUGUUCAACAAGAAGCUGGAUGCGGUUUUUCUCAAUAACAAUCAGUUCACUGGAGAAAUUCCUCAAAAUCUGGGGAAUUCUCCAGCUUCUGUCAUCAAUUUGGCCAAUAACAGGGUUUCUGGCAGCAUACCCUUCAGUCUAGGGUACAUGGGGGUGAAGGAGAUUCUGUUCCUGAACAACCAGCUGACAGGUUGCAUCCCUGAAGGGGUUGGGCUGUGGACAGAUCUGGAAGUUCUUGAUGUGAGCUCAAAUGGGCUGACGGGCCAUUUGCCAGACACCAUGUCAUGCCUGAGUGGGAUUGAGGUUCUCAAUUUGGCAAACAACAGAUUCUCUGGGGAGUUGACAGACAUAGUUUGCUCACUGAAGAGACUGAUGAAUUUGACGAUAUCGUACAAUUUCUUCUCUGGGCUGAGUCAAGAUUGUGAGAGGCUUCCUGUAAGGAAUGUGGGGUUUGACUUCUCACUGAAUUGCAUUCCGGGAAGGCAAUUGCAGAGGCCGCCGCCGGAGUGUUCGGGAGCGCAAGGAAGCAGCCUGAGCUGCAUUCGAAUCCCUUCACCCAGACCGGUUGUUUGCGGGUAACGAAUGAAGGAAGGGAGGAAGGGUCAUUGAUUUGGGUGGGUGGCGCGUUGAUGAUGAUGGGUCCCAUGGGGUUGUUUUUCUUCCGGUCAAGAACAGGUCGGAUUGGUUGUCUCAUUAAUUGGAAGAAUUUAUCUCUCCUUGAAAUGUUCUGUACAAAAUAAUGAAUACUACCGUUUUGCAAAAAAAAAAAAAAAAUAAUGAAUACUACCGUAUAUAGUUAUGUGUACCACGACUACCGAGUAGUUUUAUGAGUUGAUUUAUAUUACUCCGAAUGGACUUUGCACUCCUUUAGUUAGGUGAGAAAUAAGAAAAAUAAAAAUUGUAUGGUUGAAAUUUGUCCAGAUGAGAGAGAAAUGAGUAGAAAUAUAAAAAAGUUACUUUAAUAGAAAAAUGAAAGUUUUUUGGGAAAACCGAAAAAAGGAAAGAUCUUGAUGAGACGGUUGUCACAUGCAAUAGUGUUGUAUUACCACACAUUUUGUCGUGUGGGAACUCACUACAAAUGGAUAGUGAUGAUUCUAUCACGAUAUCUUUUAGGAAUUUAUAAGGGAGUCAUAUAGAUCUCCUUAAAUUUUUUGAUAAUUUCAUGAAGUCAAGCGUAUUGACACAACAUUAAUCAUUCAUUCUUUUAAACCAAACCUAUCAAAAAAAUGAGUAGUUAAUACCGUGUCAUGAAUUCAUAAGAAGACACAUGCGUCUCCUUGAAAUUUUCUUAUUCGUUUGAAAAUAAUUUUUCCGAAAGAUAUAGAAUCAACUAUUAUUAAUCAUAUCAUAGUUUAGUGCAUUGAUAAUAUAAUUGAGAAGAAACCAAAACCAAGAUUGACAGCCAACAUAGAAAUAUUAGGCCAAGUUGUGAGCAGCACAAUUCUAAUAAAACCGAUAGAUAUGCUACAAAAUAGGAUUAUCAUUACACAAAUACCAUUUACAGUCAAACCAAGUUGAUACCUAUCUACACCCUUUUGGAUUCCAUAAGGACACAAUUCAUCUCCAUGUUCAAUUUUGUUCUCACGUUCCUUACGUGUCAUUAUUAAUUCAUUGUCAC